UGUGUGGGGGGGUGUGUGUGUGUGCGUGUGUGUGUGUGUGUGUUAGGACAUGGCCACAUGCAAGCCAAGAGUGAUUUCUCUGAACAAGAAGCCAGGUCAGACAUUUGGCUUCUAUCUGAGGGCAGAGCAAAGCGAGGAGGGUCACCUGAUUCGCUGCCUGGAAAUGGGAGGUCCAGCUGAACUGGCUGGUAUGAAAGAUGGAGACCGCAUCAUCCGAGUCAAUGGAACAUUUGUUGAUGGACUGAACCAUUCAGAGGUGGUGGACCUGGUGAAAAACAGUGGAGCCUCUGUCACAUUCCACAUUCUGGAUGAAUCAUCCUAUAAGCAAGCUAAAGCCCUUGGAGUGAACCUUUCUGACCCACAAAGCACGCCUGUUACCAAUGGAGGGACAAAAGGGGCUCCAAAACCCAAACUCUGCUACUUGGUCAAGUCUAGCUCAGGAUAUGGCUUUUCUAUUCGCUCAGUUACAGGUGAGCAGGGUGUGUAUAUGACUGAGGUGGCUCCAGGAGGUGUGGCAGACAAAGCAGGAGUCCAAGUCAAAGAUCAUCUGCUCGAAGUCAAUGGGGAGAACGUGGAAAAGUCCUCUCAUGAUCAAGUAGUGGAAAAAAUCAAGCAGGGCGGGAAUAGCAUCAUGUUUCUACUGGCUGAUGAGGAAACCAAAACUUUCUAUCAGAACAAACGUGCAAAGAUGGGUUCACGGUUGGCAACAGUGAAGUACCUGCCACUCCAGCCUCGCAUCAUUAAGUUGACCAAAGGUUCUGAUGGAUAUGGCUUUAUGCUCAGAGAGGAACCCAAACAAACAGGACAUUUCAUUAAGGAUAUUGACAAAGGCAGCCCGGCACAAAAAGCAGGUCUAAAGGAAAUGGACAGGAUGGUGGCUGUGAAUGGCAUGGAGGUGGACAACAGCAGCCAUGAGCAGGUAGUGGACAAGAUCAAGCAAAGUGGAGACAACUGCUGCUUACUUGUGGUGGACAAAGACACAGACCAAAUUUACAAGAAGGGAAAAGUGUCUCCUAUGCUCUUCUGGGAGGAAAUGAAAGAGUCCAACUCACCGCCCAGUUACACAGAGGCUAUGAAAAUGCCUGCUUCUGUUCAACCAUCCACAUCUGCUCAAGAGAAGGAAAAGGAUCUGAGGCCUAAAUUGUGUAAGAUGGAGAAAACCUCUGCUGGCUAUGGCUUCCACCUAAAUGGCGUUGAGGGUGUGUUUGGUCAACACAUCCAGAAGGUGGUGAAGGGCGGAGCAGCAGACGUGGCAGGUCUGGAGGAUGAUGACAUUGUCGUGGAGGUAAACGGGGUAAACGUGGAGCAGAGCACCCAUGCAGAGGUGGUGGAAAUGAUCCACAAAAGUGGCAACUCUCUGGAGAUGCUGGUAGCGAACAAGAGCGUCUACAAACAGCUUAAAGCAAAAGGAGUGACUAUCGCACCUCGGCUGCUUGAGGGAACAACCAACAGUCAAAUCCACACUGCAGACACUCCAGAAAUGAGCAAGUCGACACAGAAGGAGGCCUGGUCUGAAACUCCACCUCAAGCAGAAAAACAGAGG